AAAUACUACCUAUAGCCACCUUAAUAGCGGUGUCAAAACGUGUGCCAAGCGCCAGCCAGACAGCGGUAGUCUUCGAAUCAGGUGUUUGUCGACGCCCUUAACGAGAACCAAAGCACCUUCGCAAAACAACAAAUUGGUCGUGGGGAAAUAUGAAAAUGGUGUUGGGAGGAAAACGUUGGCGAAGAAUCGAUGCCCUUCUGCACCAAAUAACACAAAAAGUGCAGCGUCGUCUGUAAAUAAUAGCUUUGCCACUAAAUCAAGCCCGGUUAAGCGACCGGAUCCAAAAUUGGCUCAAGAGUUCUCGGCCUUGUUACCAUGCAACGCUCGGGUGUUGGACGACGGAUCAUUGUCGGACGCCAUGUUUUUUACUGAUGACGCAAUCCAGCGUCGACUUGAUUCUCUCUCGUUGAGUGACGUCUCGUCAGUGGCCGAUUAUAAAUUCAGACCUCAGUCGUGCAUUGCCUUCAGAAGAACAGUUUUGCCAGCAGAACGAUUCGUUCCCAGCUCCAAUCAUCACUGCGCGAAUUAUGUGAAAAAUAGACGUCUUUCCUCUCCAAAUCUGAGACAGCGUGUUAAACCGAAGAUCGUUGACCCGAAAGGGUUUCGUCGUGGCAAUGUUCCGAAGUACAUUAGUUUUGUCGAGCCGAUGCCCGUGCACCAGCGUCCGGGGACUGCGAAGAGCAGCGGCUAUAGCAGCUGUGGUAUUAGCAUGGUCACCGAGGACCUUUUGGUAUCCGCAGGUACACAGGAAGAACUGGCAGACAGCGGAGAGGAGAGUGGAACAGAGGUCGACAUCGGGUUUAGAAAUAUCUUACCGAGCGAUGGAUUGGACCCUAGGAAAGAUGAUGUUGAUGACGCAAGUCAGGAAGCCCAGUUUUCGUCAAGAUCUUCGUUGCUCAAAUCUGAACUGGACGGAAGCUUUUUGGACGGGGAAGGAUCCAAUAUGGACGACGGUGAAGAAGAAGGGAACACGACGUCUAGUGUGGAUCAAGAUGUGUUUGCCUCACUUGAACUACAAAACGCCGGAGAAGGUCUUUCUGGUAGCGAUAUUGAUGCAAACGCUUCAGAUUUGCUCGGCGAGUCUGCUUUGGAUAAUGGAAAGGGCAAUGCUGAUGGUGACUCCGAUGCCGGUCGCCAAGGUGAUGACACAGGUGUGAACAUUUACGACCAAUAUGAUGGUAGUGUCGAUGGCAAAAGUAGCGGCCUGGACGAAAGCGGUGCUCUGAAGAGCGAAGAUGACAUAAACAAAAGUUUGCAAUCAGAUCAACAAAAUCCCGAUGAUGCAGAAAACUCUUUGGACGGCAACUCGCUUGAAAACGGAACUCCGAGCGACGAACUGGACGCAUCACAAAACAACCAACAAGUUACCUUUUCCGAACCUUUGACGACAGAUCGCCGAUCAUCGUCGAAUGUCGGCGUAGAGGACGCAGCCGGCACCGAGUCGCCAAAGUCGAUCCUCAAGGGAAGCGAUAAAAAUCGAAUUUUUGAACAUGAACUUGAUUCUUCCAUCAUGAAGCGAUUGACAUCGCCAGAAGAAACUGACGGCUCUUUAUCGAAAACCACGAUGGAGAGAAGAUCUGCUGAUUUGAGGCCGCAAAGUAAACCGGACCUUCAGGCGCAAUUUAAGGACAAACAGCUGAAUUUCGAUGGGGCAGAACAGACCUCAAGUGAUGAGGAAGGACAAUCUGAUUCUGAUCUGUAUAGUUCGACUGGACGAAGAAGACCAAAGCCAAAAGGCAGCAUUUAUGGUAAACGUGCCAACAUGAAAGCGCCGAGACAAAAAAUACGGCGAAAAAAAGACUCGGAAAAUAGCGAGGGCGAUGACACCAUCUUGUGUGCAGAAUCCGCAUUACUCAUGGAACAGAUUCUGGAACAAGAGAAGCGCUUGAGGGAGGGCAUGAAACCUUGGCUCAAAGGACGGUUGGCCUUGUCUCAACAGAACAGUCGCUUUGAAAUACCAAUGGAUGUUCGCUUGCUUGAAACCAUGACUCCGAUGGAAUAUCUGACGAAAUACUGUAUCAUAAGCAAGCGAAGAAAGGCGUUGUACAAACACGUAUUUCAAAAGGUGGACAAAAAUCGCGACGGAUUAAUCAGCUUCACUGAAUUGGAAACGGGUUUGAAAGAUGUCCACACAGGAAUAUUAGAUUCUGAACAUGUUGAGAACAUUGUUGAGCUGGUUCUUAUCGACAGAGAAGGAGAGUUCAACAUCAAGCAAUUCUCUGCAGUUGCUGCUUUUUCUGAGAGGAUCACGUGCAAGGAUCAGCUACCGGUGGAAUUGCUGAAUAGUUUUGAUGGGCAGAAAGAGAUCAUCGAAUCUGCAGACUUUUUUGCUCUGAGCUGGAAACUUGAUGGAAUUAAGGUGAACCCUGAUGUAAAGAAGAUAUUAGACUCUUUAUAGGGUGAAUACUGGCCAAGAGAAAGGUUUCAUUAUUGGAAAAUCAUUUUUGCACCACAAAUUGCAGUCGAGAUGAUGGCUUUCCGAAAAUAUUUACACCAAAUGCAUCGAAUGAGGUAAGGACUCCUGUCGCCAUAGCCAGGAAACAAGUGGCUUUGGCCUACCUCGAGCUGUGACAAUGACCAGCGGCAUAUAUUGUCAACAAAAGGUUCGCUCAAAAGUCAAAAGGAAUGAUAGAGGGGCAUGAGCAGACGAGCCAUGCACCCACCCCCCUUUUGAAAAGACUUCCGCGUUUUCAAUAUCUAUCAGCACGUUUCAUAAAAAGCGAAAUAUCAAAACAGCUCACAGAAGGCAGAAUAACUUUAUCUAAAGGGCUGUUUACAUGAGCCCGGUUACCCGAGAUUCAGCGAAACGUGAGAGGACU